AUGUCGUCUCGCUCGCAGUCCACGCCCGGCAAUGAAGAUGAUGACACCUCGUCCUCGUCCGCCGGCGAAGACACCGCCGCGACUCGCACAGCAACCGGAGCCUCCGCAUCCGCAGCUGCAGCUGCGGCAGAGAAGAAGGUGUCAUGCCAACCAUGUCGAGAAGCCAAAGUGAAGUGUAUCCCUUCUACCAGCCCGGGCACGGCCUGUUCGCGAUGCCUCAAGCUCGAGCGCGAAUGCUUCUACCGCACGCACAAACGCGGACGCAAACCGGGCAAGAUCAAGCUUCAGCAGAUCCUGCGUCGUCUCGAAUUGCUCGAUCGCACACUGCACGAGAUCAAGGAGCUCAACAAAGAGGUCGCAGAUGCAGACGCCACGAGCUUGAUCGAGACACUCAUGUGGCAGCUGCAUCGAAGCAAGUUCUUCUCCAAGGGAACGGAUCCUGCCGCAGCGGCGGGGGUGAAGCGCGAGAGACACACGAGUAGUAGUCCCGCUGGGAAUGGGGCGGAGGCGGACAAGGUGGCUAUGGGGGGUGUGAUGGGGAUGGGCAGCGGCGUGCAAAAGAGCCGCUCGGAUUUUAACAUGUUGGUCGACAUGGAAGACCACGCUUCGGUAGCUAGGGUGCCCGACGAAUUCCCCACGCUCAGCAACCCGCUCAAGCUGCUGGCUCAGGCGAGUAGCGAUGAGAGCGAGAGGCGCUUGCGGACGAGGAGCACGAGGCUUGGCGUGGAGCGCGCGAACCGGCAAGGCUCGGGCUUGAGACGGCAAACCAACUUCGACGAGGCUGGUACCAGUGCAAGUGGGAGUGGCGACGAGGAAAACGAUCAGGAACAAGUGGAUCGAGACCGCGCAACAAGCUCUCAUGAUCAGCCGGGAAGCGAUGGCGAUCCAGCUCGAAAACGAGCACGAUCCCGAUCUCCCACACCAACCACCAGCAGCACGAGCAUCACUGCACCUGCAGCCAGCACCACCUCAGCCCCGCCCGUCACGGCCACAUCUACACGGACGCCGUCCAGCUGGGCAUCCACCUACUUCUCCCGAGGCGCCUUCCACCCGGUCUACGACAACCGCCAGGAAUUCGAUCCGAUCGACCAGAACCUGCUCACCGUUGCGCAAGCGUCGCGCCUCAUCACCUCGUUCUACGCCUCGUUCGGGACAUUCAUGCACAUCUUCGACCCCACGCUCUCCACCAUCACGUACAUCCGCAAGCACUCGGCGUUCCUGCUGACCGUCAUCUGCGCCCUGUCGGCCGAAUUCGAGUCCUCGGCGGACCCACACGUCCAGGCCGAGUCCGCCACGUUGGCGGUCAGCCUGCGUCGACACUACGAGGAAAUGAUCACAUGGAUCACGUGCGGCGACUACAAGAACGUCGAGAUGGCGCAGGCGUUUUUCCUCUUGGCGAGCUACCGGCCCAUGUCGGACAGUGCGAUGAGCGAUCAGACGUGGUUGUUCCUGGGUACGGCGAUACGCAUCGCGACCGAGCUCGGGUGCAAUUUGGUGUGCUAUUCAUAUGGGAACCCGAGGGUUCGGGAUGGGCAGGACGAGCAUUAUCAGCGACAGUUGCGCAACACGGAGCGGCUGUGGAUCAACCUGUGGAAUCUGGAAAAGACGCUGGCGAGUCAGACGGGGCAGAGGAUGCACCUGGCCGACGAAGGGGUGAUUGCGACGUGCAGCCGGUGGCAUCGCAUGCCGUGCUCUCUGCGCCAGGACGAGGCGCUGAUUGCGCAGGUCGAGCUGCGCAGGAUCAUGAUCGCCCAGGGUGAUCACUUCAACACCCACGUCCUGCGCAGCCUGGGAGCCCGGCGGAGAGUCGCCCACCCUCCUCCACACGCGCCCCCCGAAGCUUCCGCCAACAGCGACGGCGACGACGACACGCUCAGCACCGCCGAACGCGACCAGCUCCUGUUGCAACUCAGCUACUUCCGCAACUCGGUCACGAUGGACCUCAAACGAUGGGAAGAGCGAUGGCUUUCCCCUUCCUCCUCCGCUUCCUCCACGUCGGCUUCUUCGGCGUCGUCGACGGAGCCGUCACCGCUGCAGAUCACGGGCCCGCUCUCGCUGGACUAUGCGGCGCUGGUCACGUACGCUCUCCCGCUGCCGAUCAGCUACAGCGUCGACGUGACGCCCGAGCUCGCCGCGCUCAACCGCCACUGCUACAUCAGCUGCACCAACUACAUGGCCACGUUCAUCGACCGCAGCCAGCGCCACUUGAUGGACCACAUUACCAACUCGACCAUCAUCUCGACCGUGUACGCCGUCGUGUUCGCGCUGGAUCUCGCGCGCAAGGCCGCGACAGCAACAGCUGGGAACGAGGGUGGCAAGGGCGGCGUGGAUUUCGGGUUUGUCAGCAGCCAGCGCGUCGUGAACCUGGCCAGGCUGACCGCGAGGGAACUGGAGCGCGUGGGGGGCGCGACGAGGGGUAGGGUCGGGAAAAGCGUGGCGAGCAAGUAUAGUGGCUUCCUGCAGGGGGUGUUGGCGAGGUUUGAGGUGCCGAUCACCGCGACGUCCGAGGGAGAGCGAAGGGGGGAGGUGGAUGGUCACGGGGAGGGUGAGGGGGAGGGGGAGAGGGCGGCUGCUCGACGUGGAUUCGAAGCGCGUCAGACGACAGCUUCGACACCAUCGCAGUCACUCCACACUGCAGAUCCACGGCAAGGAGAUCACGCCGACGCCUCAUCGUCACCAACCCAGCCAGUGUAUGCCCACACAGCAACCGCAGCUGGAACAGGCAAACAAGGCACCAAAGCGUCGCAUACCUAUUCGUCCAACGUGCUCUUCUCCCCUCAGCCGCUCCCGCAACCACAACAGCAGUACGCUCAAGGAUGGGUUGCCCCGGCACCGUCGCCUGCCGCAGCUCCCCAGUGGACGGCACCCCAGCCGGGAAGGUACCAUGCUCUGCCACCGCAUCACGCGCCAACACCGGGCACCACCAGCAGUGCUGCUCCAGUGGGAGGCGCGCAGAACUGGCACAACUUGGGCAGUGCGGGAGGAGCGUUGAGUCCCGCAAGCUGGUUCGGCCAGCAGCCGCAGCCGCAACAACAGCAGCAGACAGGGCCCGGGGCAGAAGGGCAGGGUUACACGCUGGAAGAGGAUCCGUCGUGGGAGUGGAUGAUGAAGGACCUCGAUUUCCUCAAUGUGGACGGAGGCGGUGGAGGCGGCGAGCCGAUCCUGGACCAGAUGGGACGCCUGUUCGGCUGA